CCAGUUUUUGAGCACUCAGUCUCUAAAAGGUUCGCCAUCACUGGACUAGAACUUAACAAUUCCCAGUUUUCUAGUUUGGUACCAGUAGACCAAAGUGGCUCACAUGGUUUCUGCUCUUCUGAUCGUUCAGGCAACAGUGAAAUGAUAUGGUGAAAUGAGCCUAUGAAGAGUGAGUUUGUCCAUUUCUGUCACCCACCAGUAAGGACCCAGUUAUAUUUUAGAAGGCCAGAUUUUAAAAUUCAAUCUAGUGAGAUUGCUGGAGAAAGGCUUUUGGUUUUCUCAUAAUUUGACCUCUUUAGUUCAGGGCUUCCCAACUGAGGUGCUUGUACCCCCUGGGGGUGUGAAAUGAUAUUCCAGGAUGUGCGAAAACUUGGGUUUUCAAAAUUAUAGAGUAUAUGCAUAAUUCAUUGCCAUUAUUUUGAACUUUUGUAAGGGGUGCGAGAAUAUAUCAGAAACAUUCUAGGGGUGCAGAAUAUAGAAAAGGUUGGGAACCACUGCUUUAGUUGAAUAGACCUAUAUUUUCUCAUGAUAUUAUUCUUGCAGAAAAUGACCCACAUAGAGAAUUGCCACUGUUCUUUGCUUUAUUUUCCUAGUGUUAAGAGCAUGUUAUCUCCUCUCUUCCAAAGGCAGAGAUUUUUUUUGCAGAUGUGAACAAAAUUUACUAGUAAAUGCAUUUUAGCGGGAACACAUGAUAGUGCAAACACAACAUGUUUUUUUUAAGACUGUAGGUCAGAAGGGGCAGAGCUCAGAAAGCAGCUUUUAAGAUCUUGAGAUAAGCAACAGAUGGUAUAAUUAUGCAAAAUCAAUAGUGCAGUUGGUAUACAAUAGAAAGCAGCAGAUGGGUUAAUUUUAGGUUAGAUUGUGGCCCCCAUUGUUUCCCUUAGGUCAGCUGCAGAAGUAAGUAAAACAAAACUUUACCAGAUAUACAAUAUUUAUGUGUCAUUGUACCACUGGAAGAGGUAUUUGAAAAUGAAAAUCCAUGUGUUGUCUUUUUCCCUCAUAUUGUUCUUUAAUCAGUUUUAGUUUUACAGGUGCUUCAACAUGACUGCUGGUAAGUAUGGCACAAUUAAAAUUACAUUGGCUAAAGAUGCAAUAUAACCAUUUUUUAAACUAUUGACUGUACUUCUAGAAAACAGGAAAGCACUUUAACCCUGAAGUGUCCUACAUUUUUAGCUUGGUGAAUCUCAGAUAUUUUUAAAAAUUAAACCCAAUUAGAUUAACCCAGAUUCAGAAGAGCCACAAAAACCUUGGAGCCAGGACAGAUGUUUAAUAUUUCCUUAUAAAGGUUGGGAAGAUGUUUUAUUUUGAUAAAAACCAAUAUAUACAAGUAAAAUGUAAAAAAUACAAGUCUAUAUAUAAGUCUCUAUUCUAUGUUCUGUCCUAUUGCUAUUAUUUCUAUAUUGUUACACAAGUUACUAUUACUAUAAUUAAAUCUACAAUACUUUUAUUAUUCAAUUACUAUUACAAUACUAAAUUCUAUAGUAAUGCUAUUUUUUUCUUAUACCAUUUCUUCUGCUUUUUUCUUCUAUUACUGACCUGCAUGUAGAAUACUUGCAACUUUCCACAUUGUGUCAUAAUAUGGUUGCACUUUUUCUUGCUGUGCCUCCUUUUUCUUUGGACAAUUUACUCCUUUUGAAAGAAACAUAUCUUCUUUGGUUUGGUUGCUUCACCCUAUUUGCUAGUGACCCCAGAGCUUCCAAAACUCCCAUCUUCUCCCACACCUGUUUCAAGGUUGCAGCUUGAAUAGCAGCCCUACUGUGCUGAUGAGGGGUGAGGAAGGCUCAGACAAGAAGGGAAGCACAGGUGCCUGCAUUUUUUUUAAAGUAGCCUGCUCUUCUAUGGGGACAAUUCCCCCAAAGAUUUUAUCCUGAUUUAUCCUGAAAGGUAGCCAUUUCAAGUCCCAUUGAAAUGGCAAAUUGGCAAGUAUGUGUUUCAUCUUAUUAAAAAUAUAACAGUAAGUAAAUGAAAUGCAACUUUUAUCUGGAACUACUAAAUAUUAUUUGAUCUUUUUCAAGGUACUUGACCGAAAAUGUACGACAGUCACGAAGAUGUUGAUUAUGAUUCUGAAAAUAACUCUAAAGAGAGGGAGCAGAAGCUGAAGUCAAAUCCAGAUAUUGAUAGAGGAUGGGCUUGGAUGAUAGUCUUUUCUUCUUUCCUGGUGCAUAUACUCAUCAUGGGAUCACAAAUGGCUCUUGGAAUUCUCAACAUGGAAUGGCUUGAAGAGUUCAGUCAAAGUCGAGGGCUGACAGCCUGGGUCAGCUCCCUCAAUAUGGGUAUUACUCUGAUUGUAGGUCCCUUUAUCGGUUUGUUUAUUAACACCUGUGGAUGUCGGAAGACAGCAAUAACUGGAGGAAUCUUAAAUGCCCUGGGAUGGAUAUUAAGUUCCUAUGCUUCAAAUGUACAUUACCUCUUUAUUACAUUUGGAAUUAUAGCUGGUAUUGGAAGUGGGAUGGUAUACCUGCCUGCUGUAGUCACGGUGGGAGAAUAUUUUCAAAAGAGAAGAGCUCUUGCCCAGGGACUCAGCACAACUGGAACAGGCUUUGGUGCGUUCCUGAUGACAGCUUUGUUGAAAUAUCUUUGUUUGGAGUUUGGCUGGAGGAAUGCUGUGUUCAUUCAUGGUGCAGUCUGUCUAAACUUGUGUGUUUGUGGAGCACUUCUGAGACCAAUUCAUCACAAGAAGGAAACUACUGAGCAAAGCAAGGAUGGAAACAAGAGUCAAAGCAAUAGUCCAACAAAAAUUCUGUCCUGCUCUGCCGAAGUGCUAACAUCCAAUUGUGUUUUAAGGGAAGCAGAGAAAGAGGCAAAGGGAGGACAGGGUGCAAAAGAAAAGACUGUCAAAAUUUCAGCCUUGGAAAAUAAAGAUGGAAUCAGAGACCAAAAGGAAAUCUAUACUCUUGGUAUUCUGAAGCGAGUAGGCCAGCUGACGAUCACAAGCCAGAAAGGCUUCAGGACCUGGUAUUCUAGUUACUUUGGAACUGCUUCUCUCUUCACCAACAGAACAUUUGCAGCUUUUGUAUUUUGGGCUUUAUUUGCCUAUAGCACUUUUGUGAUCCCUUUCAUCCAUCUUCCUGAAAUAGUGAAACAGUACAGGUUAUCAGCACAGAAUGACAUCUUUCCUUUGACCUCAAUUAUUGCAAUUGUUCACAUUUUGGGGAAGGUCAUCCUUGGCAUAAUCUCUGAUUUGCCUUGCAUCAGUGCUUGGAAUGUCUUCAUGGCAGCUAAUUUUACUCUUGUCUCUUGCAUUUUUAUUUUGCCAUUAAUGCAUACAUUUGCUAGCCUAGCAGUGGUUUGUGCCCUAAUAGGAUUUUCUAGUGGAUAUUUUUCACUUAUGCCUGUUGUCACUGAAGAUCUAGUAGGGAUUAAGCAUCUUGCAAAUGCCUACGGAAUCAUCAUUUGCGCCAAUGGGAUAUCAGCACUCUUGGGACCACCAUUUGCAGGAUGGAUUUAUGAUCUCACACAAAAAUAUGACUUUUCUUUCUACAUAUGUGGCUUCCUUUAUAUGGUGGGAAUACUUACUUUGCUCAUUCAGCCUUAUAUGGACAAGGAAAAGCCAUCAUCAGGAAAAAAUAUAGAAAAUGAAAAUGUUUAGAACCAUUCAUGUUUUAUGGAAGAAAACUGGCAUUUCUGAAGGAAGUAUCAAAUUAUAUAUCUGAUUUUGCUAACAGUGUUAAAUAAAACUGAAAAUCUCAAUCCUUAUACAGAGGUGCAUGUCAAUUGAUAAUUGAAUAUUAAUGUUUGUGAAAUUGGAGAUAAAAGGCAGGAAACAAAGAGCUUGGGUAUGAAGUGAAUAUUUGCCAUCAAAGGCCAAAUAUUGGUCAGUGUGAGAAAAAGUCUGCAAAUAAUCCUUUGCACCCUUUGCCAAAAAUAAUAAGUAGGAGAAAGAAGAUUCAAAUCUUGGGGCAUGCAUAUAAAUACUGUCAAGUUCCUAGUUUGGUAGAAUGGAUUUUCAUCUUUCUGCAAUUGCUUGCUGCUAUAAUAGGAUAUCAAGUACAGAUUCCUUUGAGACUGCAAAGUUCAGCAGGAAGGUUAUUGCAAGAGACUAAAGCAGAUAUACCUGACAUUUCUCCUUAUUUCUGAUCCACUGAAAGACAAGUUCGGAUUUUCUAGACCAAGACCAUGGUUACUGACCCCCUUUUGUUAUCCUCUUUACCAUGGGUUACAUUUUAAUGCUUUGCUCCAAAAUCAGUAUCAAAUAGCAACCUAGAAAGAUCAAUCCAUUCAAAGAAUCAUCUAGCUCUGCUAAUGGACCAGAAUUUUCCAUAGCCAAACACAUCACUAAUCCUAUUGCAGUUUCCAAUUGACUUAGCAACUAUUGGUGCAAUAGCUGCUAUAAUUACAGUUCUCCCAUGUUCUCUAUUUUGCCUGGCAAAUAUGAUGGGAAUGUGGGCAAAAUUAUGAUCUUUCACACUCGGUGUGAAGUACACUUUUCAAAAACCUGGAGAAUUUACUACAGAUCAGUUCUUCAUAAGAUUCAUAUUAAUAUUGAAUAAUGGACGGUGGUAUAAAACUUCCCAUCCCUUCUAAUUCAAAAUAGUCUAAAUGUGGAUAAUGAUGAUGAUUUUGUGAUGUGUUUGAGGAGUGUUUUUGAUAAUUCUGCUGAAAUCAACUGCCUGUGACAAGAUGCUUAACGAGUGCAUAUGUGGUAGACUUAGAUUUAGGUCAAGAUUUAAACUGAACUAUAAAGGGAUUAAACCACCAGUUUAAAGAGGGCCUAGCUGAUGAGCUAUGGGAUGAGUUCACUGGGGAGGGAAUUUCAGCGAUCCUACCUGUGUCAAUCUAAUUUUGAAUCUGAAAACAGAAAACUCGAAUCAUGACAAUGCUACUGUGAGAAAAGAAAAGCUCAUGGUUCUCUCGCCUUCUUUCCUCUUCUUGCUCAUUACAAUAUUCUAGUGGCAGUUGCAAGCAAGCUAGAAGAAUCUUUCUGUAAAUGAAAAAACAGUACUGACGUGCAGAAGACUUUGCUUGUAUUGUUAAGAAUUGAGCCAUUUUGCUCAGGAACAUCUUGCUUAGUCUCUCCUUCCUGUUGUAACAAUUAAGUUCUAUAAUUAUGGAGAAAAGAGGUACUUUGCAAACAGAUAUGCACUCCAGAAAACAACUUUGUCAGAGCUGAGGAUUUCUAAAAAUUUUGAAGGGUCAAGGGUUUUGACCAUAGAUAUCAACAUAGCACCAUUUGUUUCUAUGGAGAUUCUUAAUCAUCUGGGUCAUGGUUGUCCCAAAGGUGCUUUUCAAAAGCUACCGUAACUAGAGUUUCUUUGUUUUUUUCCUUAAAGACAUUUAGCUUCUCAUCCAACAAACUUAUUCAGUUCUCUCUUCUUCAGUCUGAAGAAGCUUCUUGGAUGAGAAGCGAAACGUCUUCAAGGGAAAAAAAAAUCAACAAAGUCCAAUUGCCUUUUGAAAAGCACGUUUGGGACUAUGCGGUCCUUUGUGUUACUCUUAAGAUUUAAGAUGGUAUGCAAUACAACUAUGUUCUCCAAUAUGAGCCAACAGUGUGUGGUAGCAGCUAAAAAAAAUCCAAUGCAAUCCUAAAUUGCAUUAACAGAGGGAUUCAGUCAAAAUCACUUGAGGUACUAAUACCACUCUAUAAAGUCUUAAUAU